UAAUAAUCCAAUCACAAUAAAGGGGUCAAUUCAAUUCGCCUCGUACGUCCUCUCAUUCGUUUCACCAGCCAGACGCCAAUCACAAUCCAAACAACACACUAUGAAUUGAUUCAAACUGCUUCUGCUUCUGCUUCUGCUUCUCCUCUUCCGCAUUUCAGGUGCUGAUUGCUGACUGAUAGCCACCGGAGCUAUGUCUUCGUCUUUUCCUGUCUUUCGGUCUUCCUCGGCGCAGGCUGCGUCGAUCAAUUCCAACGUCAGGGGUGCUGGGCACAUGUUUUCAGCCCCGGCUGAGUUCCCUGAUGACAUCCCUUUUUCGGCGGUUUCAGAAUUACAUUCGUCUUCAGCAUUCGUUGCUCACCCUGGUGAUGUUUCAUGGGGACCGGAUCCGUUUCAGGAUAUUCUUCAGUUUUCUGAUGAUGUUUCCAUCCAGAAUGAUCUCAUGGAAUAUAGUGCUCCCUACGUGUCCGGUGACAAUGCGAAAGCAGCUGAUAUCGGGGAGUGGGUUGAACAGUUGAUGUCAGCUGAUGAGCCUCCUCAUCCAACUUGGAAUCAAAUUCUCGGCGAUGAUAACGUAACAGAACCAAGUUCAAAGGAGGCCCAGGUUUCACAGCAACAGCAUGUGCCAUCUAGAGAAGCAAAUGAUCUUCCUAAUUCUGCGUCGAAUGCACCACAAACUAAGCCUCGAAUGCGUUGGACCCCAGAACUGCACGAGGCCUUUGUGGAAGCAGUCAAUCAGCUUGGGGGCAGUGAGAAGGCUACUCCAAAGGGUGUCUUGAACCUGAUGAAAGUUGAGGGCCUUACCAUCUAUCAUGUGAAAAGCCACUUACAAAAGUAUAGAACUGCUAGGUACAAACCUGAGUCAUCAGAAGAUACAGGAACUCCUGAACACAAGUUGACUUCAAUAGAAGAAAUGAAGUCUCUUGACUUAAAAACGAGUAAGGGUAUUACUGAAGCACUGCGGCUGCAGAUGGAACUACAGAAGCGGCUUCAUGAACAACUAGAGGAUCAAAGAAAAUUGCAGAUUCAAAUUGAAAACCAAGGGAAGCGUCUUCAGAUGAUGUUUGAGAAACAGAUCAAAUCGGAUGAGCCUUCUGCUUCACUAUCAAAGGCAGUGUUACCUUCUCCAGCUGACAAUUUAGAAACCUCAAAUGAGGGUCAUGAAAAAGCUGGAAUCAGCAGUAGCACACCGGAAAACUUACCCGAAGAAAGUUCCCAAGAUAGAGGUGAUGCUAAAGUUACUGAUGAACAUGAGCUGGUAGAUGACCAAUUUUCUACACCACCAACAAAACGGGUAAAGACUCUGUAGAGUUGAUGAAAGCAUAAUAAAUCUCAAGUUUAUAGAGGCGUACAGUGUUUCUGCUUCUCCAAAUAACUUGCUGGAAUUACCCUUUCUUCUUAUGACUGUGACUUCCUUAAUCAGUGAUUUGGUUUCUAGUUUUUAUUUUUUGCCCCUUAAUUUGGGGUAAACUUUGGUGAACGAAGUUUUACUCCAGGUAUUUGUUGUAUAUUCUCAAUGAAUUCUUGAUAGCUCAGACACCUUGAAGCUUCUAGGAAUCUCAUCGGAUCCGGGGAUGUUUUCAUAGAUCUAGAUUUUUAGCGUUAUGUAAGGUUUGACUGUCGGCCAAUUGAAGUUUUGAACAUCUUUUUUCAUGCA